GUUUCAUAUCGCUAACAUAUUCUGCUCUGACCUCAAACUCAACAACCGUCAAAGUAUACUGAAAUUUCACAUAAUAUAUUGCUUGUCUAUUAAUGCGUCGUUUUGCUAGCAAGUUUCUGUACGUCGCUCCUGCACUCCGCUUUGUGUCUAGUGAAGUGAAAAGGUAUGACCUGUUUGGCUAUGAAGUCGAUACCAACACCCAACCGUGGAUCGACAAGAUCAAACAAUGUCAAUACUACGACGAGGCUGGCGAAGUACUGGUGAGAAUGAACGUCAAUAACUGCCCGCCUGAUCUUGAAACAUACAAUGCGACGCUACAGAAGAUCUUCGAGGCCCCAAGCAAGGCGGCGGAGCCAGUUGAAAAUGAAAGCAAGUUUUGCGCGAUGAUCGAUCUUCUCGAGGAAAUGAGCCAUCGCAAUAAGGUAAAGCCGAAUAUGGAGUCAUGGAUCUGGGUGUUGAAGGAGUGUGUGCAGUGUGGCCAGUUCCGCUUAGGCUACUGCAUCGGCAAACUGAUAGAGGCUGAGUUCAAGCAAGUCCCUGAGGAACUCCUACAGCAAAAUGAAGCGAAUGCCGCCAAGGCCAAAGCCGAGGGCAAUGAACAUCCUAGACACAUGACCCAGAAUCUAAGCAUUUUUGACAUUAAAAUUUGAUAGUACUAGGUAAGGAGCGUACAGUUGUAACAGUCGCACUGGUUCUGCUUAUCGUUUUGUUCAUUGGGAUGAAAGGUUUUUUUUAAGUAGAAAAUAUGAGGGAACCAAUAAAAUGACUAUUACAGGAGAACGGUACUUUAAACAUUUGGGAAAUUAUUAAAGAACACAUUGAAAAGUCCUUUAUAAUCGAUAAUUAUCUCAUUUUUUUUCUAGAGGAAAGUGAUAAAAUGUUUAACGAAUGGCGUUUUGAGUGGAUCAAUGUACAAACGCCUAGCUUCUAGGAUCUUUGAGGAUUCCUUAUUUUAGCUCAACUCCUCCUUCUUUAAGCCCCUAUUUCGCUUUGUAGUAAUCUUUUUCUUUUGCUUUCUUUCUUUUGUAGAAAGAAUACUAUUCUGAAAAGAAGAGAUCGUUUAGGUGAAAAGCAUUCAAGUGGAAUAUAGUGUUAGGAUUAGAUGAUUAUUACGAAUGCAUCUUUGUAAAAAAAAUUUUUUGUCUCUUUUUGUAUUGCUGUCUUUUUCAGU